GUCACAACGACUGUUACUGAGUGUUUGUGUUGGCAGGUGGCGAGACGCUGAGGCAGCCCGGGUCGUGUUGAGGGCCACUCGGGAUCAGUUUUCAAGACAGCCUUGGCCUGGACUUCAACACCCCGGCGCGGCUGCGGACCUAGAGUGUUUAUUACAAUGGAAGAAAUCAAUAAUUUCAAGACACCAAGCAAAUUAUCUGAAAAAAAGAAAUCUGCAUCAUGUUCAACUCCAUGUAUAAAUAUUCCUGCUUCUCCAUUUAUGCAGAAGCUUGGCUUUGGCACUGGGGUAAACGUCUACCUUAUGAAAAGUCCUAGAACUUUUUAUAACUUUGCCAGAGUUUUGCCUGGUUAUCGUGCUUUCACUGAAGCCAGUGAUGGUAGUCUGUGUCUUGCUAUGGAAUAUGGAGGGGAAAAGUCUCUAAAUGACUUAAUAGAAGAACGAUAUAAAGACAACCAGGAUCCUUUUCCAGCAGCCAUAAUUUUAAAAGUUGCUUUGAACAUGGCGAGAGGGUUAAAGUAUCUACACCAAGAAAAGAAACUGCUUCAUGGAGACAUAAAGUCUUCAAAUGUUGUAAUUAAAGGUGAUUUUGAAACAAUUAAAAUCUGUGAUGUAGGAGUCUCUCUACCACUGGAUGAAAAUAUGACUGUGACUGACCCCGAGGCCUGUUACAUUGGCACCGAGCCUUGGAAACCCAAGGAAGCUUUGGAAGAGAAUGGUAUUAUUACUGACAAGGCAGACAUAUUUGCCUUUGGCCUGACCCUGUGGGAAAUGAUGACUUUGUCUAUUCCACACAUUAAUCUUCCAGAUGAUGAUGAUGAAGAUAAAACUUUUGAUGAAAGUGACUUUGACGAUGAAGCAUACUAUGCAGCUCUGGGGACGAGGCCACCUGUUAAUAUGGAAGAACUGGAUGAAACGUACCAGAAAGUAAUUGAACUCUUUUCUGUAUGCACUAAUGAAGAUCCUAAAGAUCGUCCUUCUGCUGCGCACAUCGUGGAAGCUUUGGAAAUAGAUGUCCAGUGAUCCCCUCAUAUUCAUGACUACUGAGCUUUACGUUGGCUCAUGUAUAUAACUGUUCUGUUUACUGUAAUACAUUAUAUAGUUACUAUGAUAAGCUGGAAUUAUUAGGCUUUUUGAAGUGACCCGCUUUAGGACCAUAGCACCUAGUUAACAUUUAAACAAUUAUUUAUGAUGUUUCUUAACAUGUUUACAAUGAUAAGCAUUUGAGAUUGUAGAAGGUUUUCUGUUAAGUUUAAGAAACUAGCUACUUAAGUAUUUGAAUUUGUUUAUACAGAUUUAAAACACUAGCAUAAUACAAUGCUAUAAACUCUAUGUCUAACGAUUUGGAUUGAGUGACCAUCACUUUUAUUACGGUUUCUCAAAAAUUCUUUAUUUUAAUGGAUCUAUUGAAAUUAGCACUUUGCGCAAUACAAGUCUACGUUUGCUUAGUUUUUAAACCAUUAAACUUUUUCCUGGCCUUUUUUGGCUGAUGUGCUUAUUACUAAAUAUGGUCACCAGAAGCUGAGAGAACAUGGCUCAAAAGACUAGCUCCUUGGGUACUUACAGGCUUUUUCGGUUAAGGCUUGUCUUGCUCUCUUGGAUCUCCCCAGGUCUUUGCUUUUGCUUUAAUUUAUUAAAUGUAUUUUCUGCAUUGAGAUCCCUAUUUUAUUUUUUAUUUAGUAAUCUGUCUUAAGCAUUUCAUAGUUCUGGUGUAAAAAUAAUAAAAUUCUAAUAGGAUGAUCUAGAAUAAAGGAGACUUCAGUUA